AUUCAAGGUAGAAUCACCACUGAAAAUUCCCUUAACAUAGCAAAUAAUUGAGAAUAACCAAAAUUGUGACUUGUGAGAUGGCAGAAGUGAAGUUGCUAGGAUUUUGGUAUAGUCCAUUUACUCACAGAGUUGAGUGGGCUCUAAAGCUUAAGGGCGUGAAAUAUGAAUAUAUAGAAGAAGACCGAGAUAACAAGAGCUCUCUACUUCUUCAAUCCAAUCCUGUUCAUAAAAAAGUCCCUGUUCUCAUUCACAAUGGAAAACCCAUUGUUGAGUCUAUGGUCAUUCUUGAAUACAUUGAUGAGACAUUUGAAGGCCCUUCCAUUUUGCCUAAAGACCCUUAUGACCGAGCUUUAGCUCGUUUCUGGUCUAAGUUCCUUGGCGACAAGGUGGCAGCAGUGGUGAAUACUUUCUUUCGCAAAGGAGAGGAGCAAGAGAAAGGUAAAGAAGAAGUGUAUGAGAUGCUGAAAGUUCUUGACAAUGAGCUCAAGGAUAAGAAGUUCUUUGUGGGUGACAAAUUUGGGUUUGCUGAUAUUGCUGCAAAUUUGGUGGGAUUUUGGCUAGGAGUUUUUGAAGAAGGCUAUGGAGUUGUUUUGGUGACAAGUGAAAAAUUUCCAAAUUUUUCUAGGUGGAGAGAUGAGUACAUUAACUGCAGCCAAGUCAAGGAAUCUCUACCUUCAAGAGAUGAGUUGCUUGCUUUUUUCCGAGCUCGUUUUCAAGCUGUUGUUGCUUCUAUUUCCGCUCCCAAAUGAGCACAUCCUCAUUCAUCUUAUGACGUUUCGGAUUAUAUGUCAGAAUAAAAUUACAAAUCUACGACUGAGUUAUGUAGAUUCAAUUAUGCAUGUAUGCAUAAGAAAAGAAAUUAAAAUAUAUGUUUAUAUAAGAUUAAGCUCGUUUAGAAUUAAUGACUCUA